AUGUUUUUCAUGCUGCUGAAAAGGCCAUUAAAGUGUAAGUUACCUGAGCCGUCCAGUUGCCAAGAGCUCGAUGCAAUGACUAUUGUCCUCCUGGAACAAGGAAAGCCCCCAAUGGAGGAUAUCAUGCCUGCUGCUAUGACUGUAUUCCAUGUAAUAAUGGGGAAUUUUCCAGUGUACCAGGCAAUGUCGCCUGUCUUUGAAAUGAUGGGGUUUAUGAGCUGUGCAACACCAGGAGAGUUGAGUUUCGUCCCUUCUUCCCAGCAACCCUCAAGAGACAAGGCACGUGGCCCGGAUGGUGCAGAUGGGACCUUGGUCUCUGUGCCUGCCGAGCAGGAAAGCUGGGUGGCUCAUCCAGACCUGCCACACUCCAAAAGCGAUAACUGCCAGAAAUGUCCAGAUAAUGAAUGGACAGACAAAAGAAAAGUAACCUGUAUUCCCAAAAUGUACGAUUUCUUAUCAUAUGAAAAGGAAAUUAUGGGUCCACUUUUUGCUUCCAUAUCUUUAUUAUGUUCAUUUGUUACAAUCGUUGUAUUGAGAAUCUUUUUUGUGUUCCGGAAUACCCCUAUUGUGAAAGCUAAUAACAGGAGCCUUAGCUUUAUCCUCCUGGUCUCCAUCAUACUAAGCUUCCUCUGUGUGUUUUUGUUCCUCGGUAAUCCUGUGGAUAUAACCUGCAUGCUGCGUCAGACCUGUUUAGCAGUUAUCUUCUCAGUAGCUGUGUCUUCUAUACUGGGAAAGACAAUCAUGGUUUGCAUUGCUUUCAAGGCCACAAAACCGGGAAGCUCCUGGAGAAAGUGGGUUGGAGUUAAAGUAUCAAGUUAUGUAGUCCUGAUGUGCACCUCUGUCCAAGUUCUGAUUAAUGUUAUUUGGUUGUCUAUUUCUCCCCCUUUCCAGGAGUUUGACAUGCACUCUUACCCUGAGAUUAUCAUCAUUCAAUGUAAUGAAGGAUCAGUUCUUGCUUUUUAUUGUGUGUUGGGUUACAUGGGAAUGAUGGCCUCUAUGAGUUUUGUUCUGGCUUUCAUGGUGAGGACAUUACCGGACAGUUUUAAUGAAGCCAAAUACAUCACCUUCAGCAUGCUGGUGUUCUGCAGUGUUUGGAUUGCAAUGAUCCCGGCCUAUCUGAGCACCAAAGGGAAAUACAUGGUGGCUGUAGAAAUCUUUGCCAUAUUGGCUUCCAGCGCUGGGAUACUAAGCUGUAUAUAUUUCCCCAAAUGUUACAUUUUGCUAAGAAAACCAGAGAUUAAUACUAGAAAGCACAUAUUAGACAAACAUAAUUCCUAA